GUGCGUGCGGAAACGCGACCGGUAUCCUUCGACGAUACCUCCAGAUCGGCCGAUUGCUAAAUCGAUCGUAUCAACGCGAUAUCGUAACGGUAUUUUUACGUGCCUCGUCGCGGGUGAUAGUUCUAUUGGUGGGUGACUCUGGUGCCGUUGAUCAUCGAGAAGCUGCGUUCAUCAGCUGACUGCCAAGAAGAAAUCGAACUCGCGAUCGUACAUGCUUCGAUAUCGAUUCGGUUUAGUUUGCUUCAGUUCGAUCAUCACGACGAAUUGCAUUUCGAUGACUGGCAUAUGUUGGUCGGUCGUGUCGGUUUGAAGAUCGUCGUUGAAGGGCCGAUCGGCUGAUCCUUUCUUCCACAGGGACUAUGGAUAGGGUGUUGUGUGUCUGUGAACGAUCAGAAGCACAUCGUUUGUCGCAAGAUAUUCUACACGUUGGAAGGUGAUCGCCUACGAUCCUUCCGUAUCCUGAAAUCAACCGGAAAAAUAUUUGGCCUCGUGCUAUAAUCGAAAGUUCCUUUACUUCUUACGGCUUCUGUCCUAUGAUGAGUAUAGACAGCGUAGUCGUAUUAGUGAAUCUUUGUUGUUCGUGCUGUGAUCAACGACCCAAAGUGUUGCGAUCAAGAUCCGGAUACUUUUGAAGAAAUAAUUCGUUUCAUCGUGAAAGUGUUUGAGACGUUACCUCGAGGAAUAAGAAAUAACCGUUCGAACGAGUAAAUCCUGAAAAUCUUGCGAUAUCACAAGGAAAUGACUAUAUUGUCGCGAGUCGAGUUCGAUCAAAGGAUCAAGAUCGAAACAUAGAAGAACGAGAACCAAAGGAUCAUUGAGGAAAGCUAGUUCUAUCACCUGCACCCAAGGAUCCGGCUCGAAGUAUCCAAUGGUUUUUCGAGGAUUGGUCGGACAUCAUGCUCGAUCUCUUUCGCAUUUCGGUGCCACGGUAGCUGGAAUAGAAUCGAUCACACAGGACGCUAGAAGGGAGCAGAGCUGCAAAAUACGUGGAAGUCAUCCGAACGAAGAGAUACACGACGAGGGGACGACAAAGGGACGUAGAUAUCCUUGUCACGGUCUCUUGAUUGUGGGAACACGCUUUACUCGUGGCGUCCUGCGCGUUCCACUUUUAAUGAACAACGGCACGUGGCCUUAUAGCUUGAGUCGACGACGAAUAAAAAGGAGUAGAAAGAAGGCUUUCAAGGGGCGAAUAAUCGAGCGAUAUUACAAAUGUUCGUUAUUCCUAUGACUUAUAAUCGUUGUUAGUGAAUUAAUGAAAUUCUAAUUUUUGAUAGAGAGACGAGAAAUCCAAGGGUGUUUAGUUCCUUCGUCGAAGAUGGAGAUGUUCCAUGUGAAUAGAUGACGAGAAAUUAAUACGCGAUCUGCCUUCGAUGUAUGUUGCUCAUAUUAUCGGUAGAACAUUAUAUAGAAUAUGAGACGUUGAUCGUUGAAAGAGUUUAGAAGAUUUGAAAUUAGACCGUGGAUAAUCGGUCUGUUUACGCUACAGGGAAUCCUGAUGGAGGGAAGCUUCAAUUAGAAAAAGUCCAGCGGGGAGUGAGUUUGUUCUUGGCGAAACGGUGAAUUUACGACAGCUUGGGAGGAACGUUAAACUGUUCGUAACUGAGUAAGAAAACGAACGUGGACUGGUAAACGAAAGAAGGAUUAUUCCUACGAUCGAUACCCUUUCUUCCAUUGUAAGAUGUUUAAUCCUUCAUACGGUUCCUAAAAGGAUUUACUCCUCGAUCGUUCAGCUAGGUGUGUUGAAUCUGCUCACCUUCGAAAGUCUUCGGUUGCAAAACUAUUCUAUUCGAUCGGACAGAUAUAUUGAGAGUAGCCGUCGAAACGCGAGAAGAGAGCACGCGAAAGGGACAAGGCAAGCCGAAGAGUCACGUAUCCUCGUAUUCGCCUCUCUCGCGGGAAAUCAUCGUCCACAAACGAAUAGAGAGAAACAUCUCGUCGUUCCGUACCCUUUUUCCCGCGACAUCGAGAAAAUUCGUAACGACCGAUCCGUUAAGAAGAUAUAAAUCCCACGAUCAUCGAAAGGGAAGAAAAUUUCUCGACGAAUUAUCCCCGUAAAGCCUCUUUGUAUCAUACGCCCGUAUUACAAGCUUUUUAAAGCGAGAGUUAGCUACUUCCUUUUUAGAUUCUGAUGUUUAACGAAACAAUGAAUUCCAAAGCGAAGAAACAAGAUUGGAGUACCGCUUAACGACGAUUGUCUGUUUAGUAGAAGUCAGUCGAAGUCAGAUACAAAAGGGAAAGAGGCCUGGGGAAAACUACCAAGAAUUGAAACGAAAUCGUGGGCGGAGUUCGAGAUAAGGAUAUCGAACGAAGGGAACUCGUGAAAAUAAAAGUAAACAACUACGAUAGACCGGGAAAAUCGGCUGGAAUCGAAGGGAGGAAAAGCGGAUAACUAGUCGAACGCGGUAGCUGACCCGCUUUCAUUCCUUUUCCGAGGGAUUUUCAUCGUAGCUGUCCGGCCGCGCGUGCCGAUCUCUUAAAAAGACUUAACGUUUACCACGAAGGAACGAGAAUGUACCCUGGUUGGAGCAUCGGGAGAAUCGGACCCUUUACCGGGAACACGAAGAAAUGAAGUUAUCAGUGUCAGCUUAUAGAGCUCAGGCCAGUGCUCACAAAAAGAUCCUUUCCAACUAUCAGCAUCAGUUGAGUUACGGGGCCACCAAUCAGGCGUCCUCGGCCCGGACCCCCUCUGAUCCCGCGACGUUCCUUACUGGCUUCAAGGUGGAUCGUGCGGAGAACGAGGAGGGCCAGGGAGGGGGUGGUCUGUCGACGUUUUCGGCGGGCUGCAGCGGUGCUUCCGGUUCGAGGAUGGGCCCAGGGCCCGACUCCGGUAGCAGUGCUCCCUCUUCUGUUCCCCACUCAUUGGCGACCUCGAGGGACGACGAAGACGACGAAGACGAAGAAAGCAGCGGGCGACGUUCCAAUGGCCACACAGGAACGCGGUUAUCGGAGCUGUACCGUCGAGGCACCUUCUCGAGCCACGGAGGGUCCUUGGAGAAGGAUGCCCCGGGACUGAGCGCAACCUCAACGACCUCGGAAUCCUUGGAGAGCAAUGGCCUCGAUACAGAGAUACCAGCUGCAGCCAGGAGACCCCGUAGUACAAGGGGCUCGCAAAAAUGGAGUAACGUACGCGCCGUCAUGGCGCUAUAUUCCUCCCUACGCAAGAUCAAGAGAACAAAGAGCAACCAACGGUGGAUGAAGCUGCGGACCACGGUGCAGCUCUCGUCAGCCAUCUCGACGAUCCAGAAGAAGCCACCGUUGAAACGCGAGGAUUCGUUUCUCAAGCGAUUCUCCACCAGGCAGAUCCCGGAGAGUCAAGAGACGUUGGACACAGGAGAGGGCGAGGGCGACGCUGCCGACGACAAGGAUUCGAGUGGGCGUCGUCGACGACGGCCACGGAGACCUCAGAAACCACCGAGGACCGUGGUCAAUCCGGACGAGAACUUUUAUUAUUACUGGCUGAUGCUACUAUCCGGCUGUGUUCUUUACAAUCUGUGGACAUUGAUUGUGAGACAAAGUCUGCCUGAACUACAGGCUGUGGCGCCAGUCAUGUGGCUCGCAUGCGACGGUUUUACUGAUCUUGUGUUCUUUCUCGAUGUGGCUGUGCAGUUUCGUACUGGUUACCUCGAGCAAGGAUUAAUGGUGUACAACAGCAAGAAACUGGCCGGUCAUUAUCUCAAGUCCAAGUCGUUCAUUUUGGACUUGCUAGCGUUGGUGCCGCUCGAUCUGCUUCAGGUGAACCUGGGUAGUAAUCCGAUGCUCAGGUUCCCGAGGUUCCUCAAGAUCUACCGUGUGUACAAUUAUUACUAUAUGGUCGAGUCGCGGACAGUUUACCCGAAUUUGUGGCGUGUGCUGAAUCUCAUACAUAUAUUGCUGAUACUGGCACACUGGUUCGGCUGCUUUUACUACUUGCUCAGCGAAGCGGAAGGAUUCCAAGGUGACUGGGUGUACCCGUACAGGCCAGGGGAGUACGCGACCCUGACCAGAAAAUAUCUUGGCUCGCUGUACUGGUCCACACUCACCCUCACCACGAUCGGCGACCUACCCACACCGGAAACCAACGCCGAAGUCGUAUCGGGCGGCAAUCCCCGGAGCCUCGCUCGUCGUGGCCGACUGUCCCGGCUUCUGCAGUUCAAGCAUAACGGAGGGUACGUCUUUACGAUAGUCAGCUACCUGAUCGGCGUCUUCAUAUUCGCAACGAUCGUCGGCCAGGUUGGAAAUGUGAUCACCAAUCGAAACGCGAAUCGAUUGGAGUUCGAGAGAUUGCUCGACGGCGCCAAGACAUAUAUGAGACAUCAUAAAGUGCCGGGCGGGAUGAAGAGGCGAGUACUCAGGUGGUACGACUACAGCUGGUCUCGAGGAAGAAUACAAGGCGGCGGUGACAUCAACACCGCCCUUGGUCUACUUCCGGACAAACUGAAGACCGAGCUGGCGCUACAUGUGAAUCUCUCUGUAUUGAAGAAGGUUACCAUUUUUCAGGAGUGUCAACCCGAAUUUUUACACGAUCUAGUGCUGAAGAUGAAAGCCUAUAUAUUUACGCCUGGUGAUUCGAUAUGUCGAAAGGGAGAGGUAGCUAGAGAAAUGUUCAUAAUAGCCGACGGAAUUCUAGAAGUGAUUAGCGAAACGGGCAGAGUUUUAACAACCAUGAAAGCCGGAGAUUUCUUUGGAGAAAUUGGAAUUCUUAAUCUAGACGGAUUAAACAAACGCACAGCCGACGUUCGUUCGGUAGGCUACUCAGAGCUAUUCAGCCUAUCCCGCGAGGACGUAUUAGCGGCGAUGAAAGACUAUCCGGACGCUCAAGAAAUUCUACAGAAUCUCGGUAGGAAACGUUUGAGGGAGGCGCAGAAGGUGGCCAAAGCAUCUAGGCAACCAACGUCGCCUGGUCACGACUCGUCGGACAACAGCACGGGCAAAAGAAUCGUUGACAAGCUGAAGAGCGACGUAAAGGGUCUAAAGAAUGCGCUAAGAAAGAGCAGACGAAAUACAAAACCCGAGGAAAGCUUGGAGUUGCAGCCAUUGACGCCAAAGGUGUCAACGCUGAAAAGGCAGCAGAAGAUCGACGAUACUCAAGACGCGUCCGCGUCGAGCGUCCAAGAACCACCUGUGUCGCCUUUGGGCGCCGGUUUACCUCUGCUUGCCAGAUUAAGAUUAUUAAAAGAAAAGGAAGAACGCGAAGAACAUCGAAAUCUAAUGGAAACGCACGUGCACGCGCCUGAACAACAACCACCGUUGGACGCGCAGAACCCUAUGAACCCGAAUUUGCCGUUUCUUCAGAGAAUACUGCUCUUGAAGGCAAAGAACGAGCAAGAGGCCAAAGAGGCUGACAAAGAGGCACCCACUAAAGAGCCCUUGCUUCCAAAAAACGCUAUACCCGAGGAAUCGCAAGAACAAUCGCCCAAGCUGCCUCGUAAACCGGUACAGAAGCAGCCAUCGGUCCAAAGUACCAUAGAACCGAUCGUCAAAUCACCGACCACUUCGAACGAAGAGAAUGCGAAUGGUUCGAACGCGAAGAAACCAUGGGCCAUGCUGAAGGACGCCUCGUUAACGAACAAAGAAAAUUCGCCCCAGAGGAGUCCGCCGACUAAGAGACUAAGACAGACUUUAAUGCACCUAAGACAGCAGACUAAGAUGUACGCGUCCGUAGACGAUCUUUCACCGGAGUACUGCGGUCUACCGUUUGUCAAGAAGCUGAAGAUACUUAACGAGAGACAGAAGUUGGCGGAACUCGAGAAAGCAGUUAGGAGCUCCAGUUUAGACUGCGGAGAAAACGCCGAGCUUGAGUUCGAUGGAAACUUGACGAGAAGCCACUCGGAGGCUUGCGCGAUCGAGUAUACCAGGAAAUUAGCGAAAUUGAAUCAGAAUCGAAUGUCAUCGAUGUCACCCACGGAUCAACUUUCACCGGAGAACGAGACGUUGGAAAGGCGGAACUUGAAGAGCAUACUGAAGAAGUUAUCAGCCGGCAGCAGAACCGGAAGCUCCGAGACCUCGGCGACGAGCACGCCAGAUCGCGAAGCGGCUACCGCCGAAUUAAGGAAAUUAAUGAGAGCACCGACGAUAGAAGGUUACGCGGCACGGCAUUCGAAACUCUCGAAAAGCGUGACAUUUAACAAAUACACGCUGCAGAGCCCACCGUCCGAACAGACCCCAGCAAAUUAUCCGCUUGGGUCGCAGUUGUCCGACUCCCAAGAGCAGGCCUCACUGCCACCGCCCAAUAAACUCAAUUUCCGUCCUUUGGGCAGCGGAGGUAUCCUGCAAAUGGUAUCUCGGCCACGAGAAGAGGAAUACCUGGGGGAGAUAGUCACCGGCAUCAAAGACGUCGUUAAGGCUCGUCUGGAGGACAUACAGACCAAGUUCGAGCGGCAGUUUACUUCGUUGGAAUUAGAGAUCCGCAAGCGAGACGAGAUAAUAUCUCAACUUCAAGCAAGAAUACUAGAACUGGAACAAAGAGAUUCAAGAAACGGGGACGAGUCUUUGGGAGACAGCACAGAGCACGACGCCUCGUUCGAGGAAGACUUGGACGACGAUCGUGAGGACCACCCGUUCAUGAGAGACGGUUCAGUGGACACGGUCCUCACCACUCAGUCGCACUAUAAGCGUUGCUCGCCAUGUAUAGAGUCUAGUUCUCAUAAUCGAAGAUCCUGGGAAGAACACUCUGAGGAAGAAACAUUAGAGCUUCAAGAACUCCCUAGCUCGAUCGUGCCACAGUCUCUGUGGAAGGACGAGGUGGCGAUCGAUCUAGAGUCUAACAGCGAGAGCAGCAGAUCCGAGGACGAAUUCGACGAUAGAUCCGGAAGAGGCGACAGCGAGAAUGACGGCGAUGACGACGAGGAAGGUGAAGUGCGUGGAGAGGGACAUAAUAAUUGGGAGGCGGCUAUGCUAGCCCAGGAACUGGAGGCCAGGCGGAGAAGCAGCGAGGAUGCGAAUCCGGGCUCCUAGCGCAUUAACGAAAUCCUAGAUGUAUUGUGUUAUCUCACCAGCACUUUGCACCCCAGGGGUUGGUGUAACGGCCCAGCAACUGCUACAGGCAGCGCGGCCCUCUGCGAGAACGAUUGCCCUUACUUACAAUUAGAUUUCGAUAGAAUGACCAGUUGUAGGGAGACCAUGAUGUGAAACCCGAUAUGUAAGAAUCUAGGGGAUUGAUCGUUCCUUUCCUAUGAUCCUGGACUUUUGUCACGUGGAGAUUCGUGGGCCAAUAUAUACGACCUUCGUGAGGGGAGCGUAUACACGUGUUUCUAAAACCUCCGCACGCCGUGAAUACACGCGUAAAUUGCGUUCUAGUCGCAUUCCCUCUUUGUGCACAUCUACCCAUACAUACCACACACGUACACAUGCAGAUACGCUAGUUCGGAGGAUUGUUCUCUAGGUUUAUUUCUCACAAACCUUCUACCAUUACUCGUUUGCUUUUGUUUGGUCAUUGAUCGAAGAUCGUGAUCCUCUUAUCCUUCGAGGGACCUUUCAUUUUAUUUGGCGAUAUCGAACAGCAGCUUCGGUUAGAUAAUCAAAUUUUACGUCGAUCAUUUUGGUUGAAUAAAGGGAAUUGGUAUGGUUUCGAGAGAAAUAAAAUGGAAUUCGGAUAUACUUUUUCCUGUCUCUAGCGACUAACUAUACGAGAUCUUUUAUUCGAAAAUUAAAGUUUAUAGCGGUUUGAAAUUAUAUAUAGAUAUUCAUAUCUACUACGAAGACUUGACUUAAGGAUUACGAGACGAAUUUUACGUGCUACGUUACGAUCAAUACGAAAAUACAUAUAUUUACGAGUAGCUAGGCACUACACACGUGUGUUAACGAAAUUAUAUUCACGAUGUAUUACGUUAAACGUUGAUUAAAUCGUAAAAUAUCGCUCGAUUAGAGGUGAUAUUACAAGUGUCUGUAAAAAUUUUCCACCAAUUUGGAAUUAACGUUUCUCUUUAAAGAGCUGGAUGCCAGAGGGUUACGCAGUGCCCGAAAAUCAGUUCUGUGAAGCUAAAAGUUCCAAAACGAUCUCGCGGCUUUCUGAACCAUAUAACUUCAUGAAAUAUCGCGUGUAUGGUACAAAUUACGAUUAAUUUACAUUAACUUCGCCUAAUUAUCUUGUCAUUACUCAUGAAUUCAGUUCAUUUUUCUAAUCAUUUUUAAAUUUAUAACUUCCAGCAAUUGAUAUACCUACAUACUUCGAAAGAAAAGAGAAAGUGAUAAAACAGAGUGAAAUUUCGUUUCUGCGAAAAGACGUGCUGAUGGAUUUAAAGGAUAUCUUGAAGCAGCAUGUGAAGUGCAAUUACAUUGAUUAAUUUUUAAGAGUUGAACGUUAAUAUUUUCAAGUUUAUGGACAAUUCAGCCUCUCCUCGCUUUUCUGAUAGUCGUGACAACCUAAUUUCAACAGAAUUUCUCUUGUCCACGCGCAAAUUAUAAAUAGAUUACAAUUUCGACUCAAUCGAUUAACUUAUUUUAUCAUCUAAUAGGCAUAAUAAGUGAUUAAGUAUAGAUAUCCUCUUAACUGCAAGAAAUUCGUAGAAAUAAAUCGUGUCUUUUGAAAUAACACGACUAAAACCUUUAAUUGUUAAAGUUAAAUUAACAGUCUACUUAACUAAUAAUACGCGAUUUUCCUUUAAAGUACAAGAAAUUUCAUUUUCCAUUUUCAUAACAAUAUUUUUCUUUUCUCAAUUUUAAAGAAGAUUCUUGAUCUCCGUGUUAAAGAAUAAUAUUUUUAUUCAAUUAAAAAUUACGAAAUUUCAUUAAAUGUUUACUGUUAAUAGCUGGCAUAGAGUUGAAAUUUUACUUGUGUUAUACAGUUGUUGCAUUGUAAAUAAUCACAGGUGCCUGAGAGGAUAUUAUACUUGAGAUAUAUAGAACUAUAAAAUGUUAAGCACCUAUUUAAAUGUGUAAUGUGUACACCGGACGGACGAUACUCAAUUACAAACAAUAUCGCGUUGGUUUCUUUUUCAUUCCAUAGCGAAACAUCGUGCAGAAGAAGUUGAUCGAAGACGAAUUCACGCGAUACUCUUUCCAUUAUCUGCCUUAGCUAUUACGAACUAUAAUACAAACUUGUUACCGAUUGUCCGUGAAACACUGUGAAUGCUUCAUUUUCUUUUGUUACAGAGCAAUACGUACCUCUAUAUCGUUUCACGAGACACUUGUUAAAUAAGAAAUACUAGAAUAAAUUACGAAUCUGUUAUUACAAAAGAGAUAUAUCUAUAUGCAUACAUAAUGCAUACAAAUACGCGUACACAGAUAAACAUACAUAUAUAUAUAUAUACAUAUACACAUAUUUAUAAGUGGACAAUUUUAAUUUCAUAUCUCAAGACGCUAAUUAAGAAAUCUAUAAAUUUUCUAUAAAUAGAAGAUUUGCGUAAUUUUUCAUCACCGCCCCCCCCCCCCGCCACCACCACCCCAGGAAAAUUGAACUUUUGCUUCCCGUUUUCCCUCAUGCCUCUGCCCAUUUAUGCGGUCAUUUUCAUCAUUUAAUGAGAAACGAUAUACCAUGGUCGGAAAAAGGGAGAAAAUUAAAUAUUCAAUACUAAAACGUAACGAACGAAGAAAAAAAAAUUUCGACGACACGUAUGCACAUAUACACGUACACAUACAUAGAUACACAUAAUUUAAUUAAAAGAAAAAAGCGACAAAAGUUAAUGGGAAUUAUAUGAUGUAUACUGACCAGACCAAGCUCAAUAUUUCUAGAGUCUUUACAAGAUAAAUAAAUCUGUUAAGUGAGAAAUGACUAUUAAAUUAAGUAAGGAGAGGAAAUCUAUUAAGAAGAACUUGUAAAUACUAGCCUAUAAUUUAUUUAUCUAUGAAUGCGAGGGAAAGCGCGAAUGACGAGACACAUAUGUAGAAGAGAAAGAAGAAGAGAGGAUUAUAUUUAGUGUGCGUGAUAGAGAGAGAAAGUGUGAGAGAAAGAGCGGGAGAACACAAGUGAAGGAAGAGAGCAAAUGCGAGUGAAAGAGGAAAACAAAGAAUGCGUAAAACAAGAAGAGGUUAUGGCGAACUAAUACGGUGAAAAGCAUUUUAGAUGCUGAUAUGUACCUAUUACGCGAAUGAAAAGAGUAUACAAUAAAGUAAACAAAUGUUUUCAAACUUUGUG